CGCUGGCCCGGCUUGCCGCGCCAUCACACACCCACUGACCCACUACCACUUCUCUAAUUCUCUGCCAUGGCGCAACUCCCACGCCCCGCCGCCGAUGUCGCCGCCAUGGAAGACGAGGCCGCCGCCUGGGCGGACGUGCUGGACGUCAAAGACUCCGACAUCCGCAUCGAUCUCCCCUCCUCUCGCCUCCUCCGCCCCUCCACCAACGCCACCCCCCACCCGAGCAAAUCCCCGCCGCGCUCCUCCCACCACCAGCGCAUCCCCGGGCCUGCCUCCGCCGUCCAGGAAGCGAUGCGCCUCCGCUCCACCGCCGCCUCGCCGGUCCUGGGCUGCGCGGCGAACGCCCAGACCGCGGACGCUGACUUCCUGCUCCACCCGUGGCUCUGCGCGCUGCAGUUCCUCGGAAAUGACCGCACCUGGGAGCAGCCGGGGAUUAGGGGGAUCAAGGGCGACCAGGAAUUACUUCGAGCGCCUCUGGUGGUCGGGGUGGUGACAUCGUGCAAGCCAAAUGGGCUCGGAGAUCUCAUCCUGACACUGAAGACACAAUCAAGGCUUCAGUUCACAAGAAAGUUCUUUCAGAGGGAAAUAUUGGCCAGGAUAUAUCAAUUGGGUGUGUCAUUCUUCUCAGUAAGAAAUUAUCAAUUUCAGGUAGCUGUUUUCCGUCCAUCUCGCACAGCAUGCUACCUGAACGUUACUAAAGGAAAAGUGGUAAAGGUUCUGCGAAAGGACUGUGAUGCCCCAUCUAGGCAAGUGAUUUCAUCAAGUACUACUGAAAGUCAACUGCCUGCAGCAAAGUGCACAGAAACAGGAAGGGUUGCACACCUAGGAGAUAACCACAUGGAAAGGAGAGCUGAAAUUGAAACAUCUGAAGGAACAGCAUCAAUCUUCAGUAAGAUGAUCUCCAGGACCAAGGAUAGUCAUGUUGCCAAGGUACAUUGUGAAAGUAGUGAAGCAGCCAAUGUUGCUCGCAGUAGUACUUUGAGCUUGGACAGAGGCAUUAUUCAUUGCGUAGCAAAUAAAACAAAUUUAAAUCCUCCAAUCAAGAAUGUUCCAAGCUACAAUAGCAGCCAGCUGUCGCUGAAAACUUUUAAUAGCAUAAAUCCAGAUAAUUGCCAGCAGAGACAAGGAGGAAGUUCACCCAUGUAUGAAAGAAGUGAAGCUGAAGGUUCUACCAACAAUGUAAUGAUGAGACUUUUAGGUCGUGAAAGGAUGAUGUCCAGUAGCAAGGAGAUGACAGUUGCCAAGGUAUCUAGUGAUCACCAUGGAACACCUGAUUCAACUAAUAGCUCUUCAACACUGGAUACUUAUGCUAGGUGUAGUUCGGGAAAUAGCCAGGAAAUUGGACUACAAAUAUUGACGGAAGGUUCACGCAGCUGGCGUACAUCGAACAGCAGUACUGAUGGGCAUCCCCAGCAAAAUUUGAAUAUUCCAAACACGACAUGUUUGCAGUCUAGUAUAGGUGGAAGCUCAGUCUUGUCUGGGGACAGAUAUUGUACUCAAGCUAGUGCUAAUGAAAAUCUUAGGCGACCAUUCGAUAAUGAACAGAUGCUCCAUAGUAGCAAAAAGCUGAAGAGUGGUGCAAUUCUUUCUGAUGGCAAUGGUGCAGCAGCAAAUUCAAGUAUGGAUACUGAGAACAAGCAUGGUAUAGAGAGUAUUAUGAACAUUGAGCUGGAGUUGGAUAAUAUAGCAGAAAAGUUUAGUGGUGAGCACGCUUUAAUGAGGAAACCCAAUGAGCAUCAGCGAAGGGACUUGAAUGCUGCAAAUGAAGGUAAUGUUGAGCCAACUAAAGAAUAUGCUACUACCAUCGGUGGAUCAUUUCUUCCCAACCCAAAGAAAACGGUGUCAGUUGCUUCUGUAGCAGGAUGGACAGAUGAGCAACUUGCUGAACUGUUUGCUGACUACUAGCAUCUUAGUGUGUAUCUCAUCAACGAGUUGAUAGAUUUUGGUAGUCAAUUUGUUGCGGUUAUCAGCUUGUCAGAAUUUGGCAAGUUUUCCACACUAGCUCUUAGCAUCGGUUUGUAUAUAGUUGUGGUCCAGGAGUUAGUUUUUGAAAUGGUGGCAACAUGACGGCUCCCAAAGUUGUGCUCCGGACAAUUUAUCUCUCUUCAUAGCCCAGGUCUCAGAUAAUUGUGUCAUGAUGUGUCAAAUUAGCGAAAGCAAAGACUCUUAUCAAUGCCCCAUUUUCCUUGUGGAGACCGAAUAGAAUCUGUAAGAUACAUUGCAAUUGUAAGCAUUUUCAGAAUAUUUUUCCAAAUUC